UUUAGGGGCUUCUUUAUUUUAUUUUUUCUCUUUGCUUUUUAAUCCUUCUAUUAACACCUCCACCCUCACCCUCAGUUACCACCACCACCACAUUUCAGUUCCAUGUCUUCCCAUGAUUUUCACUCCUUUUCUCUCUCUCACUUUCUGUGGACUUUUUUGUGGUUUCCUUUUCAAUGAAAAACCACUCUGGCUUAUUACUGUCUAUAUAGAUUCUUCUGAAUCCAGUUCUUUCUAAACAGAACCCAAAAAACAUUCCCCCCUACCGAGCUGUGUUUUUUUUCUACUGUGAAAAUUAAAACCGCAACAGAAAUUUAAUAUCUUGGUGUAUGUUCUUAUAUUGAAAUUGAAAUUCUGGCUAGGGAAGCAAAAGGGUAAUUGGUUUUUGAGUAAGUGGGAAUGGAAAACGUUUCAGUUCUUCUAUGUAAUAAGGAAAAGGAUCAGAUGGAUUUGCCUCCUGGGUUUAGGUUUCACCCAACUGAUGAAGAGCUAAUUAGUCAUUACCUUUACAGAAAGGUCACCCACACCAACUUCUCAGCUAGGGCCAUUGGAGAGGUGGACUUGAACAGGUCUGAGCCUUGGGAUUUGCCAUGGAAAGCUAAAAUGGGAGAGAAAGAGUGGUACUUUUUCUGUGUGAGAGACAGAAAAUACCCAACUGGUUUGAGGACUAAUAGAGCCACUCAAUCAGGAUACUGGAAGGCCACAGGGAAAGACAAAGAGAUUUUCAGAGGAAAAUCCCUUGUGGGUAUGAAGAAAACUUUGGUUUUCUACAAAGGAAGGGCUCCCAAGGGAGAGAAAACUGAUUGGGUCAUGCAUGAGUAUAGACUUGAUGGAAAAUUCUCUGUUCACAACCUCCCCAAAACUGCGAAGAAUGAGUGGGUGAUUUGCAGGGUUUUUCAGAAGAGUUCAGGUGUGAAGAGGACUCAUAUUUCUGGGAUGAUGAUGUUGGACUCUUAUGGAAACGAAUUGGGUUAUUCUUCUUCUGCUUUGCCACCUCUCACUGAUUCCUCACCUUCCAUUGACAACACCAAAGUACUGAGUGUUACUGAUACGGCUUACGUACCCUGCUUCUCCAAUCCAAUUGAUGCUCCAAGAGGGAUCUUCGAUUCCUUGAACAACAUUAACAUCACCACCACCACCACUACCAACAACAACAACACCCUUUAUGGAGUUUCUUCAAACCAUUCAUUUUACAAUACUCAACUUCAUAUUCCACCAACUUUGCCAUUACCUAGUUCUUCAAACCAUUACCUUAGAGCCUUUCUUGAAAACCAAGGAAAUGGAUCAAACAUGAGGAAUAAUGGUUAUGAAACAGAGAGGGAAAUGGUCAGUGUCUCACAGGAAACAACUAUUUCUACUGAUGUGAACGCUGAAAUCUCUUCAUUGGGUAAAAGGCAAUUUGAGAAUCAGCAGAAUCCAACUGCUUCAUCAGCUGUUGUUCCAAUGGACGUUGCUACCUUGUGGAACUACUGAAUACUGAUCUCAAAUAAAAGAAUUGCCAUUGGAAAGAAAACCAACUUUUUCAGCUGAAAAAGAAUAGCCUCAUGAUUUACAAUUAUUCUCUGGGUUUGAUUUUUAUGUUGUUCUUCUUGUUGUUAUUGUUGUUUGUUUGGUUUUCUGUAUAUAUUUUCAACUAAAAGAUUUGCUGAAUAUAUUUUGUACUGUUAAGUUAUGCUGUUUUGGUCCUUUGAUUCUCUAGGCUUGUUAUUGUUAUGGUUUGAUUGGUAUGAAUUAUGAACAUGAUUACUGUGUAUCAGCUUUUAAUAAAAUUAAUACUAGAAUGAGACAAGGUUGGUCUUUAUUUUUUUAU